AGGAUAAUUGUUUAUAUGAGUUUAGUUAAGUACAGAGAAGGCAACAGAUAUGGAAUUCAUUCCUGAUCCUGAGUAGAAAAUUAAAGAGUAAUCAAAUCCAAUGUAUAAAUUGGAGGUGAGGGAAAAAAGAUAAGAAAAUUAUGAAUUAAAGAAUUCUAUCUAGUGGUAGGAUGAAUUUACAAUAACAAAAAUAAUUGGAGAUAUUGAAUAAGAAAUUCAGUCAAAUGCCUACUGCAACUAAAAAAAUAUUCAAAUAGUAAUAUAUGGCAAAGAAAAACAAUAUCAAAUUUUGAAGAUUUUAUAAUUAUAUUUUUAUUUAUUUAAUAAGAUGAAUAAGAGUCAACACAGUUCUACACAUAAAGUUUUAGGUCCACCUUAGAUAAUUAUGUUUGAUGGAGAAGAAUCUAGAUUUUAAAAAAGAAUUUUUAGAGGUUUCAAGUUCCGUAUUAUUAAGAGCAUUCAACUGAUAAAAUAAAAUUUUGUUGGGAACAAUCACCUAUUCAUAAAAAGAAUGAUUUUAAUUUUCAAAAAAUCAAUUACGUUAAUCAAUAAGAUAUGGAUGUUCAUGUUCGUAAUAGUUAUCAGUUACCAUAAAUAUAUAAACGUAAAAAUCAAUUAAAUAAUGAAUGCUUUGUUUUAUCUCCCUAAUUGACUGUUGGUAUAUUAAUAAUAUAUAUAUAUAUAUUUUAGAAUAGGAAUAAAAAUUUGGGAAAUAUGCUAAACGAUACACUUAGGAUUCAGAUAUAUUUUCACUUAAAGUUCCAAUAGAAAAACAAUACUCUCAACAUUCAUCUGCAUAUGGGCAAUUUUAUUUCUAACCAGAAUUUAAACUAACGAAAACUAAACCUGUUUUUAAAUAUCAUACUGCUAAAAGUCAAAUUCUUGGCAAUUCUAGAUUGUAAUACAUUAAAUUAAGGUAAGAAAUGGAUUGA